CUUUCUUGGUCUAGUACUUGUCUACCAUUCGGCAUCUCGUGUCACGAUGCUAUCGCUGCUGCAACUUACAAACAUUUCUGCGGUUGGGCCACCUCUGAUCGCUCAACACCGACACCGUUAGUAAUCAUGCACUUUGAACUAGAGGAUGAGAGAAAUUUGGCGAGAAUCUUGAGGCAAGCAUCAAUGGAGGAGAACAAGACGAGAGAGCCAAAUUCGACAUUCGAUGUAUUUCUCGAAGGUUUCCAUGCCGGAGAAGGGACGGAGAAGCUGCUCCGUCACGUGGUGGUGGUUUGUUUAGACGAUGAGGCUUACUCAAAGUGCACUAAGGUUCAUCCUCACCGUUGCUUCUUGCUAAGGACACCCGGAGUUGAUUUCUCUGGCGAGAAACUGUUCAUGGUGCCGGAUUAUCUCAAGAUGAUGUGGCGU